AUGACUACCCAUAAUAUUGUCGUCUUUGGGGGAGAUCAUUGCGGCCCCGAGGUAGUUGCAGAGGCAGUCAAGGUACGUACAGCUUACUAUUGUCUGAAGGCAAUAAAUGAGCGAGAACAAGCAAUUAACAGAAUCCAGGUCCUCAAGGUCAUUGAAGCCGAGCGCCCAAGUGCCGGAAAGUUCAACUUCCAAGAGCAUCUCCUGGGCGGUUGCUCAAUCGAUGCCACCGGCGAGCCCCUUACCAGCAAAGCCCUCGAGGCUGCUAAAGCCGCAGACGCCGUCCUCCUAGGCGCCAUUGGUGGCCCCAAAUGGGGCACAGGCAAGGUCCGCCCUGAGCAAGGCAUUCUCCUCCUCCGCAAGCAGAUGGGCACGUACGGCAACCUACGACCCUGCAACUUCGCCUCCGAAUCUCUCGUCGACAUCUCCCCGCUCAAGGCCGAGGUCUGCCGUGGCACGAACUUCAACAUCAUUCGCGAGCUGACUGGCGGCAUCUACUUCGGCGAGCGGAAAGAAGACGAGGGCGAUGGGACGGCAUGGGAUACGGAGCCCUACUCCCGGGCGGAAGUUGAGCGGAUCACACGGCUCGCGGCGCAUUUGGCGUUGCAGGAGGAUCCGCCACUACCCGUGUGGAGUUUGGAUAAGGCGAAUGUGCUGGCUACAAGUCGUUUGUGGAGGAAGGUUGUUUCGGAGGUUAUGGAAAAGGAGUUCCCGCAGUUGAAGAUCGGACACCAUCUGAUUGACAGCGCGGCUAUGUUGAUGGUGAAGAAUCCGAGAGCCUUGAACGGCGUGGUGGUUACGAGCAACUUGUUUGGAGACAUCAUCAGUGAUGAAGCGAGUGUCAUUCCAGGGAGCAUCGGGCUUUUGCCCAGUGCAAGUUUGAGCGGUGUUCCGGAUGGGAAGAGCCGGUGCAAUGGUAUCUAUGAGCCUAUCCACGGUUCCGCACCCGACAUCUCAGGCCAAGGCAUCGUCAACCCUAUCGGCACUAUCCUCUCCGUCGCCAUGAUGCUCAAGUACUCCCUCCGCCUCCCCGCCGAAUCCAAAGCCGUCGAAGAUGCCGUCCGAAACGUUAUCGAGAAGAACAUCAGAACGAAGGAUAUUGGUGGCUCGAACAGCACCAUCGAGGUUGGAGAUGCCGUUGCGGAGGAGCUCAAGAAGGUUCUUAAGGGGCUGAACUAG